GUAGAAUUUGGAGCUGAAAACAGAAAAUUGAUAAGAGCCACAAGCUAUUUAAUUCAUGUAAUACUUAAUAACAGUGAAUGAAUUUGGGAAGCCAUCCGUUUCACGAAUGUAAUGCAGGCUCAUGAUUUUAUCAACAACUUGCACUGGACGAGAAGAGAACGAUUCAAAUGGGGCGUCAUAUUGUUGAUUGGCACCUGCCUUGUUUAUGCAUCCAGAACAUCAGUUCCUCUUCUAGUGCCAACGAUUGGCAAGGAAAAAAAAUGGACCAAAACAGACUCUGGCACCAUACUGUCGAGUUUUUUUUGGGGCUACACAACUACCCAAGUAUUAAGUGGCUAUGUCAGCGAUCGAAUUGGAGGCCAGAGAAUCAUGUGCAUAGCUGCAAUAGGCUGGGCAGCCUCUACGUUUUUCCUACCUGAUGUCAUAAGGUAUUUCAAUGGCAAUGGCAUGGUAACUUUUACCAGAGUGAUAAACGGAGCAUUUCAAGGAAUGCAUUUUCCUAGUAUGAUAAGCUUGACUAGCCAGAGACUGAGUGAGCCUGAGAGGGCAUCUUUCUUUAGUUUAGUAACUUCUGGUUCGGCAUUAGGAACACUUUUAACAGGAGUUCUAGGAUCGUAUAUUUUAGAUAAUUAUCAGUGGGAUACUGUUUUUAGAGUAUUAGGUUGUAUCAGUAUUGGCUGGACGUUUGUGCUAAUAUAUUAUUCGACACUUUUAAAUGGUCGACCCAUAGCUAGCAGGCAAUCAUCAAACACCAAACUACCUGUUCGAAAGCUUAUUACGAAAGCACCUUUCUGGUCUUGCGUGAUUGGACAUGCAUGCCAGAAUAAUUGCUUUUUCAUCAUACUCUCGUGGAUGCCAACGUAUUUUCACGACACUUUUCCAGAAGUCAAGGGUUGGAUAGUUAACAUGGUACCCUGGCUAGCCUCAAUACCAUCUAUAUUUAUAGGAAGAGCUUUAUCUGAAAAACUACUUAAGACUGGAUAUUCUGUCACAGCGACUCGAAAAAUUAUACAAACUACCUGUUUUGCCUUGCAGGCUGUGAAUUUGUUAUUUUUAGCUGGAACAGAUAUACCUGAAAAAGCAAUUGCUUAUCUGACUUUAAUAAUAGCUGGAUCUGGUUUUCAUAAUAGUGCAAUCGUCGUCAACCCCUCAGAUUUAGCGCCUAAACAUUCGGGUAGCGUGUUUGGAUUUAUGAAUACGAUUGGUGCCAUUCCCGGUUUCUUAGGAGUUUACAUAGCUGGACUCAUUUUGCAUUACACACACAGCUGGGCUGUUGUAUUUAUUUAUAUUUUCAUCGUAGAAAUAAUAGGAGGUACAAUUUACCUUAUGUUUGGUUCAGGAAAAGCAAUUUUGUAA